AUGUCUUGGGCUGUGAAGCCUGGAGAUAGGGUGGAACAAUUUGAUCUCAUUUGCGAAGUGCAGUCCGACAAAGCCGCAGUUGAAAUUACCUCGAGAUUCGAAGGUAUCAUUGAGAAAAUACAUUACGAAGUUGGUGACCUGGCCAAAGUUGGGAGUGCACUUCUCGAUAUCGAUGUCUCCAGCGACAGUCAUGACGGAGCUCAUUUGUCAGACACAAGCUUGGGUGAAGGAAACGACAAGAAGACCCAGGAGCUAACCUCGGGAUCACAGCUGCCCGUGGAGCAGGAAUCGCUCUCAGAAAGCUCCAUGCCAACUCGCAUACUGGAUGAAACAGACCAGCAAGCAUCGCCAAACAGCACCAGUAACCCGACGCCGAUUACCCCAGCGUUGAGGCGACUACUCAAGGAGAAAAACAUUGACAUCAAACAUGUCAAGGGUACCGGCAAGGAAGGAACCAUCCUAAAAGAAGAUAUUAUGCGAUAUAUCAAGUCUGAUGCCAACGAAUCCUUUCACAAGCAGCAGGCAAAGAUCCAACCCUCCACCGUGAACGGCGCUGACUACAAUGACCGUCGAGUAACAAUGACACCUAUACAAAUGAGUAUGUUCAAAACAAUGACGAGAUCUCUGGCUAUUCCGCACUUUCUCUACACACACAAAGUCGACCUGACAGCCAUAAUGGACCUAUGUGAGCGCUUCAAGUCGAACCCCUCAUUGGCAUUACGACACCACAACGGCAAUGCAUUGAAGCUCACGCCGCUUCCAUUUAUUAUGAAGGCCGUUUCAGACGCAAUCACCGAGGUCCCCAUAUUGAACGCAAUCUUGGAUGCAAGCGCGUCUGGCGAUGGUCAAAACCCUGAGCUCAUCAUGAGAGGCCAGCAUAACUUUGGGAUGGCGGUGGACAGCCCCAAAGGACUCCUAGUGCCCGUAGUACGAGACGUGAAGCGCCACUCUUUGCUUUCACUAGCUGCAGAGAUUUCCCGUCUCGGGCAGCUGGCGAGAGAUGGAAAGCUAAGUCCAAAUGACAUGAUAGAUGGCACCAUUGUAGUCAGCAAUAUUGGCAGCAUUGGCGGCCAGGUGGUGGCACCAGUCAUUUUACCCCCUAUGGUUGCCAUUAUGGCUAUAGGCAAGGUCGAAAGCGAGCCUGUAUUUGAGAAAGAUAGUGAUGGGAUUGAGAAGCUCGUUAAGAAGAAGCGAGCAAUCUUGAGUUGGAGCGCUGACCACCGAGUUAUUGAUGGUGCGACGGUAGCUAGAUGUGCGCAGCAAGUCCAGCGGCAGCUGGAGAUGCCUGAGAGCCUAGGGCUAGACUUGGACUAA